AUGGGACUUGCCAAACUAACAUUCCCAAUGCCUGCAAACUUUCGCGGAAGAAAGGAUGAUAAAACAAAGAUUAAUGAACUGCUCGAUCAUCAUGGUGGACCUUUGGUUGCCAUCCUGAUCGUUGCCAUAGCGGGGUCGGGCAAGUCGACCUUGGCCCGAGUCAUUUACGACGGUCAGAGGGAAAAUUUCGAGGCUGCAAUGCUAGUAGACCGAUACUACUCUUGUGAAGCAGCAACGAAUGGUUGGAAUCGUUUUCGCUAUCUGCCAGUUACGGAGCUCAAGAUCGCAACAAGUCUCAUAGUAGGAGAAGAGGUAGCACCUCCGAUCACGGAUAGGGUCGAUGAUGGGGAACCAUUUCUGUUCGAUUCGGCAGUGCAUCGAAUUCGGGAAUCACUAAUUGGAAUGAGAUUUUUGAUUGUUCUACUUGACAUCAACAACAUAGCUCGUCCGGAUUUGUGGCAACGGCUGAUGCAGGCCUUACAGGAGGCGUGCCUGUAUGGAGGAAGCACGGUGAUCAUAACCACAACCAACACUGCACUUCAAUCGACCAUGCUCAUCGAACAUCAUUCCUUCAGUUUGGGUGGCUUGUCACGCUUAGAUGGUUGGCUUCUGUUCCAAGAACAUGCAUAUUUUAUGCUGCCAGAUUAUCUGGAGCACCGUUCCUGGGUCGGCGACGUAUGCCGUGGGCAUCCGUUGUCAUUGAUCAUCCUAGCUAUGAAGAUUCGCUGCACCGCAACGCAAAGUAUUUGGUACACUUCAUCCACUCCACCUAGUGGAGAUAUUCCUAGACUUUGUUCCGACAUAAAGCAGGUGUAUGAAAGAUUGAUCCACGGUGGCGCACGUAGUCCGCUAUCGCCGGACAUACUCCGUGAUUGCUUCACAUUCCUGUCGCUGUUCCCGGAAGAUUACCGUUUUCGUAGGGAGGAGAUGGUCGACCUGUGGGCUGCGGAGAACUCGAUAUCAUUGGAUGAAGCCGAUACCUACGUCAAAGCUUUCGUGCAGGAAGGCGCCUUCGUCCUCUGCGAGCCGCAGGAUGAACAUGACGGUGAAAGCACGCCUCGCAGGGUGGCAUACAAAAUGCCAGACCUUCUCCCCUACUUUGCACAGCAUGUCGGUUCCAGCAGUGUCCACUCUACGCUGACGCCUGAAUUCUUUGGUUCGACGCUUUUUAAAACGAAAGGCUUCCCUUCGAUCUGCCAGCACUUGUCAUGCGUUUGUGAUCCGAGGUCACCAGAGUUUCCGAUGGACGUGCUCCUUAAAGGCUCCCCAUGGCUGCUGCGCACACUGCUGCUACUAACUGCAUCAUCAAAUGAGAAGCGCGAGGUGACGGACGAUGCUGAAGGUAUCGAGUUCGCAACUUUCACACUCAUCCGAGUGUUGCAUGUACGUGGAAUCACAUUCGGAAAAUUGUUUCGUGGGGUUGGAGCGCAUUGCAAUCUGGUUUACCUCAACGUUUCACACAGCGACACCGAAACACUCCCUGAAUGGAACGGUGACCUUCCCGAACUGAGGAUCUUGAAGCUCUCUCACUGCCAGAAGCUCCGCAGACUUCCCAAAUCGAUCACCCGGCUUCGGUACUUGGAGAAGUUGGACCUUGAAGCUUGUUCCUUGCUUGCAGGAAGUUCGCUGGAAUGGGUCGGCAAACUUUUCCGACUGGAGCACCUCAACCUUUCACAAAUCGACUUGAAGUCACUUCCUGGAUCCGUAGGCAAGCUUUGGACGUUGAAGGCCUUGGUACUGGCGGACUGUCAGAGAAUUCGGACGCUUCCCGGAUCAAUCAGAAAGCUCCUGUGCUUGGAGAAGCUGGACCUUGAAGGGUGCCAUUUCCUGGAGGAGUUGCCUGACAACCUGGACAGCGUGAUGAAGAGUCUCAAGCUUUUGAACCUACUCCGCUGUCCCUCCUUGACUCGCAUGCCUCUCGGUAUCGGACGAAUGUCAAGCCUCAAGAGUUUGCCGAGAUUCGUGGCGAGUGAUGAGCUCGGGCGAAGCAUCACGGAGCUCCAGCCGCUCUCUGAUCUUGAAGGUGAGCUUUGGUUGGAUAAGCUCAACAAGUUGGUGGAUCCGGAAGUGGCAAGACAAGUAAAGCUAGAGGAAAAAGAGAAACUUGAGGCAUUGACGCUCCGUUGGGAACGCUUCGAUUCAGAAGAACAUCCAGAUGAAAUGCAGCAGCAGCCGCAGGAGAAUGUGCUCGAAGCCCUUCGACCGAACGCAAGCUUGAGGUCACUGAAGUUGAUCCUGUACACGGGUAAACAGUUACCUUCUUGGAUGACUAACGAACUGAAUUAUCGUACAUCACUCCUGGAUAUCAGAUUAUUCAACCUGAAAAGAUGUGGUCUGCCCCCACUUGGGCAAUUACCACUUCUCAAGGUAGUCAAGAUCAGUGGUAUGGAUGCGGUGGCCGAGCUGGACGACUCCUUCUAUGGCGAGACCGGCACAUUUCCCUCGCUGGAGAGUCUCACUCUGUCUCAAAUGUCAAACUUGACGGGAUGGUUGAUGCCUAUGGAAGACAGACAUGGUUUGUUCCCUCGUCUUGCUCGCUUGACAAUUUAUACAGUGCCCCAAACUUGA